UUGGAUACACACAGUCAACACAUGCCUUUACUCUGUAGCACUUUGACUCAACGUAACUACCGUGGGAAGCCGCAGUUGGUUGAUUAUUAUUAUUAUUAUUAUUAUUUGUAUGCAGCUGGUCUCGUGUAAACGCCUGGUCUUGCGGUGGUGAAUGCAUCUAGACUGUCUGAAACACCCGCUGAGGUACUAACAGGUGUUUUAGGGGGCACGCCACCCGGAGGGAAAACAUGUCCAAUGGGAAGGACGCAAAUGCUGAGCAAAACUCAUCACAGAUGACCCUAAAAGAGUGUCUGGAUGAGUGUAUGGAGGCCUUGGAUCUCUUCCUUAACAACCACUUCAGUGAGAGCCUAGAGAGGCUGCGGCCAAGAGUAAAUGAGAGUAUGUACCAUGCUCUCAUCUACGCCACAGUACUUGAAAUGCAAGCGAUGAUGACUUUCCAACAUGAUGACAUCAGCAGUGCAGGAAAUACCAUGAAGAAUGCCCAGGAAGUCUGCCAAAGGUUUCGAAGGAAAUCCCAAGGUUUGGCAAACAAGUUAGUAGGGGAAACCCUCACUGAAGAGCAGCUUCAUGCAGAAGUGUGUUAUGCAGAGUGCCAACUCCAAAGAGCCGCUCUCACCUUCUUGCAGGAUGAGAACAUGGUGAGUUUCAUUAAAGGAGGGAUCAAAGUACGAAACAGUUACCUUAUUUACAAAGAACUGCAUUCCUUCAUAAAAUCCCAAAGCUUUCUCAAAGGACCCAGCCACCUUCACCUGGAGGGGGGAAUAUCAUUUGGAAUAGGCGCGUUUAAUCUGACGCUAUCUCUAUUUCCCCCACGGAUACUCAAACUUUUGGAGUUUGCAGGCUUCUCUGGAGACAAGGAAUAUGGUCUGUCCCUGCUGCGUGAUGGAGCAACGGGAAUGAAUUUGCGAUCCAUGCUGUGUGCACUGCUGCUGCUCUGCUACUACACCUUUCUCACAUUCAUACUAGGGACAGGUGAGGGAGAGGUGGCUGAAGCUGAAAGCCUGUUAGUGCCUUUCCGACUCCGCUACCCACGAGGAGCAAUCUUUCUUUUCUUUGCGGGCAGAAUUGAAGCGAUAAAGGGAAACAUUGAUGAGGCUGUGGCACUGUUUGAAGAAGGCUGCAAAGCACAGCAAGCAUGGAAGCAGUUCCACCACAUGUGCUACUGGGAGCUGAUGUGGUGUUUCACCUACAAACGAGCAUGGAAGAUGGCGUACUUCUAUGCAGACCUGCUGAGCCAGGAGAGCCGCUGGUCCAAGGCAAUGUAUAUUUAUAUGAAAGCUGCUUGCCUCAGCAUGCUGCCAAAAGAUGAGGCCAGGCCUUUUGGGGAGGACGAGGUAGAGCUCUUUAGAAAAGUGCCCAUCUUCAAGCAGAAGAUAGCUGGGAAAUCUCCUCCCACUGAGAAGUUUGCCAUCCGUAAAGCCAGGCGCUACAAGGCUCCCAGUCCUGCCAGGCUCGCAGUGCCUGUGCUGGAGAUGAUGUACAUGUGGAAUGGCUUCAGUAUGAUCAGUAAGCGACCAGAGCUGACUGAAGGCAUGAUGCAGUCUUUGUUGGGAGCAGAGCGCACCCUGCUGGAGUCUCCUGAAAAUGAGUAUACACUGGAUGACCGCUGUGUGAUCCACCUGCUGAAGGGUCUGUGUUUGAAGAACCAGGGUCAUAUCCAGGAAGCUGAGGAAUGCUUCAACAUGGUACUUUCCAGUGAAAAGAAGAUCAGGUUUGACCACUACCUGGUACCCAACACUCUGGUGGAGCUUAGCCUACUUUACAUAGACCAAGGCAGAAGAGACGAGGCCAUUAAACUCCUGCAAAAGGCCAAACACAACUACAAGGAAUACUCAAUGGAGUCCCGUACGCAGUUCAGGGUGCACGCUGCUCUGGCCAAACUGAAGGCUGAGCAUGUUGAGGAAGAGGACACUAAUCCAUAGGAGGAUGCUACUUCCUGUCUAUUUAAGCUCAGCACACUGGACAUUUUAUUUCCCUCAUAGAUGUGCCUCUUUUAAUCCAAUACUCAGUUUUUAACCUCAACACAUUUUCCAGAUGUGAGUAUUGGGUAAUGUACCAAUGUGUUCAAGUAAACUUUUUUCAGGUAUUUCUUUUACAGUUUACAUAAAUAUUGUUAAAAAAAAAAAAAAAAACAUAACGGAAAAAGUCUUUGAAUAUUUCCAUGUGCCUGUCUUUCUCAGAUCGCUGUUUAAGGUUUGUUCAAGUGUGAUGGGCAGUUUGACAUUGAAAGCAGCAGGACAGUCAGUGUAUAUGAAGCUAUAUUAUUCUAUGGAAAAUGUUUUUAUUAUUGAAAUAAUAAAUUAAAGGACACAUAAUUUUAA